AUGUUGGGUCGUGCCUUGUUACCCAAUGGAGCCGCUGGCUGUGUGUUGGGCUAUGGAGGCAACUGGAGUGUGGCUACAGGAGUGGCAGAGGCGAUUCUGCCACGUUUAAACUCAGCUGGUGCCCACUUGGAACUACACGUGGGAGUGAAGGCCCCGGUGCCUGCCACACUCCGCCGCACAGCCUGCGCUGACGUGCGAUUGCGCUGGUGGCUACCACAACGGAGGCACCUGGGGAGUUUCAUGGAGAGCUUGAGGGAAAAGGAUUCCAUUGAGGGCGCCCUGAUGGACAUGUCGGGCUUGGUGCUGCCGUCCAAUGCGGCAGGGUUUCUGAAGACCGUGUCCUCUGAGGUGCUGGGGAAGAUCUUCCAGACCCAUGGGGAACAGCAGGAUGAGUUGCUUUGGUCUCGUUUCGCAGAGGUGCUGGUUGUCCAAUGUCACCAAAUGAGGCUUAAGAACAACGCGGACAUCCCUGGCCUCUUUGCCGCAGCUGCCAGAGUGCUGGAUGACGUGGCUGGUCCAUCCCCCGAUGCUGCCAUGACAGCCUUGCGCACGCACCUCCGAGAGGAGGUGGAGACUUUGCAGCGGUGUCUAUGGCAGAUUUUCGUGAAACUCCAGACUGGCUGUCGCGUGGUGCUACUGCUGGACCGUCGCGACUUCGCGGCGCGGCUGCGUGUCUUCCUGCGGGGCCAUGAGGAGCCCAAUGAGGCUUUGGUGCGCCACUGGCGGCAGCAUAAGGUGCCUGAGCUUUUCCCGUGGAAUCAACAGCUCUGGUGUUUGCAGGAAUUGAGCUAUGCAGCUGAUCUCUUGCCAUCCGCCAGCAGAGCAGUGAAGGAGGUCUUGGUCUUGGAAAAGCGGCCUCGCCAUCAGUGGCAUCAGCAGGGACUGGAGAACCGUGACCAGAGUGAAAGAGGAGCUGCCAUGAGUCCGGAAUUUAGUAACGAUCGUGGCGUGCCGUCGAAUCGAGUCAUGGGGCAACUGGAGCCGUUGUCGCCGACCCGGACACACUCCAAGAUGGCCGAGCCACUUGGUCUCCGAUCGAAGAAAAGCGAGUGUGCGGACUUUUCCGACUCUUCUACCUUCGUGGUCACUUUGAACACCGGCCGCUCUGAGUGUGUGCUAGACACACUUAGCGGCCUCCCCAAGAACGCGAGCGUCAGCUGCGCGCUACCAGCCAUGGAGUUCUCAGAGCGCCGUCGUUGUGCGGCUGUUGUGGCGGCCACCUCCAUGCAGAUUGCUAGCAAUCCCAUUGCAGUUGCAGUCUCACGGUACUUCUCGGAUCUUUCUUGGCCAGGCAUGAGACGACUGCCUCACCGAAAACAGCUCUGGCAAAAUUGGAGUCGCAGAUUAGGCUUGGUAGAGAACGAGGACAAGGUCAUUGCCUUUGCGCCAAAUGGUUACAAUCGGCACGCCUUCGUUCGCAAUGGCUUCCCGGAACGCAAUGUCCGGUCUCAGAUUCGGAUCCUUGGCAUUGGCUAUGUGUCUCCCGCUGGUGAUGAAGUGGGCGAAGCGGGAGCUGCCAGAAUUUCUCAAGCUGUUCAGAUUGCCGCCAGAUUGAGCAAGGUACAGCACGAUCCUGUCAGGUACAAAAAGGCUGCCGAGAAGUUCAACCAAGGUUCCAAACUGGAACCACAUGUGUUGGGAAUGCCCUGCGUGCCAGGAACUAAGGCCAAUCUGACCAUCUUGACUUGCUGCAGCGCAGGUUGGGUUCGCCAUCAGGACAUCCAGCAGACCACGAGGUUCUUCAUCACAUGGCAGCAGUAUGAAAGGCUGCGCUUGCUGCUGCUGCACAUCGUCUUCGUCCUGACGACGAAGGGGGCAGCCUUGCUCAGGGGUAGGCUUAGACACGCCAAAAUCAGCAGCACUGAACUCAAUUUGCAGCUUUUUGGUCGGUUCAGCCAGAGUCUGAGGAAAGCAUCACAGAUUCGCAAGAGCUUCCAGCGCCCAAAAUUUUGGGUCAUGGGCUUUGGCUGGUGCCUUGCAGGUUGUGCUGGAGCGGCCAACACCGUUGCCUUCAAGAGUUGGCACCUCUAUGCAUCGCAUGUCACGGGCAGUACAUCCGCAAUGGCCUUCCGACUGGAGGGCUACCAUCAGGGAGAAUGGGGAUCAGAAAGUUUGAAGGAAGCAUGCCUCUUGGUCCUCUCCUUCCUGUGUGGUGCAUAUGCCUGCGGUCUCUUGAUCGACAAGAAUCAAGUGCACUUCAUGGGCAAGGCCUUCUAUGGCUUGGCUCUGAUACUGAACUCCAGCUUGCUGGCAACAGCUGCCUUCAUUCCUGGCAGGUUGCUCCCAGUUUGCCUAGUGGCCGCAGCCUGCGGCUUGCAGAAUGCCAUGUGCACUUCCCACUUUGGUGCCAUUAUCCGUACCACACACCUGACGGGCACCGUCACCGACAUCGGUUCCACACUUGGGCGGAUCAGCGUGAUCUACCUCCGAAAGGGUUGCCGACGCUGGCGCCUGAACGACGUGGAGCGCGCCGAAGUGGGUGUGGAUGCCAGAAAACUGGGUGUGCUGUUUGGGCUUUGGAGUUUCUACUUUGUGGGUGGCCUCAUUGGAAUUUACAUGGAAAACAUCACCCCCGGGCCUCCCGAACGUGCGCUGCUGCUCCCAGCCUCCUUCACCGGGGGCUUAGGCAUGUUUUACAUGGCCUGUCGCCAGGUUUUAAAGGAUUACAUCAAAAAGUUGGAGCAGGAUCGGCUGGAAUCGGAUUUAAAGGAGGCCCAUGAUGUCUUGGCGCAGAUGGGCAACCGCCUCACUGCGUUGGAACGCAACCCUUCUGUCUCAGAGUUGGAUGCUGAGAUGGGACACAUGAUCGAGGCCCUGCAUGAAGUCGAGUCGGACUUCGAGAAUCUCUGUCGUCAGCACAGUAAAAUGCUUGAGCGCAGCGAGAGCGCUCAGAGCAAGUUCCACAGCGAGGUUUGA